CUAGGUCCCAGCCACGGCCAUGCCCAACCCCAGCAGCACGUCCUGUCCCGGCCCCCUCCCUGAGGAAAUUAGGAACCUGCUGGCAGAUGUUGAAACAUUUGUAGCAGACACACUGAAAGGGGAAAAUUUAUCCAAGAAAGCAAAGGAAAAGAGAGAAUCUCUCAUUAAGAAGAUAAAAGAUGUAAAAUCUAUCUAUCUUCAGGAAUUUCAAGACAAAUGUGAUGCUGAUGAGGGAGAUGAAUAUGAUGAUCCUUUUGCUGGGCCUCCAGACACUAUUUCCUUAGCCUCAGAACGCUACGAUAAAGAUGACGAUGGCCCUUCUGAUGGAAACCAGUUUCCUCUGAUUGCAGCCCAGGACCUUCCUUUUGUCCUAAAGGCUGGCUACCUGGAAAAACGUAGAAAAGAUCACAGCUUCCUGGGGUUUGAAUGGCAGAAACAGUGGUGUGCUCUCAGCAAAACCGUCUUCUAUUAUUACGGGAGUGAUAAAGACAAACAACAGAAAGGUGAAUUUGCAAUAGAGGGCUAUGAUGUCAGAAUGAAUAACACCCUCAGAAAGGAUGGAAAGAAAGAUUGCUGUUUUGAAAUCUGUGCUCCUGAUAAACGUGUCUAUCAGUUUACAGCAGCUUCUCCCAAAGAUGCUGAGGAAUGGGUCCAGCAGCUGAAAUUUAUAUUACAAGACAUGGGAUCGGAUGUGAUUCCAGAGGAUGAUGACAAAAGAGGAGAAUUAUAUGAUGACGUCGAUUCGGGGAAGAUGGACGAGCAAGGGAAGGGGAGUCAGGACAGCACACACCACACCUCCGGAGAUAGAAGCACUGAUUAUGCUCAUUUUUACCAGGGUCUGUGGGACUGUACUGGAUCCUUUUCUGACGAGUUGUCCUUUAAGCGUGGUGAUGUGAUUUACAUCCUUAGCAAGGAAUACAAUAGAUAUGGCUGGUGGGUAGGAGAAAUGAAGGGAGCCAUUGGCUUGGUGCCUAAAGCCUACGUAAUGGAGAUGUAUGAUAUUUGAGAGUCUGAGAAAGUCUUCUGUCAGUCUGCAAGAGCUCUGGAUUUGGAAA